AUGGCCCGCCCCAUAUCCAGCCGUUCGAGCUACUCACCUCCAGGAAAUGACAGGCGCCGCAACUAUUCCACGCCGCUCCCGUUCGAAUACGCCCAACACACUCCCACAGCGGCUCCCUCAAAGCCACAUCCGGUCAAAGACGACGAGAGUCACUGCUACUUUCCUCCAAGCAGAUCUGUUCCGUUGGAAUCCCGCGGACACACUCAGCAGCAAUGGCUGCAACCCAAGGAACAGGCUCGCGUGAGACAGGAAGAUCUGAAGGUUCAAGGAUCUGUUCAGGGGACUCGUCUCACAACCUCCCCGCCGGAGACUGUUUCCAAAGACGGCCCUGUCCCGGACCAGACGAAUCAAGCACUCGCCCUCAGGUUCUCCAGGCCUAGCCCCCGGAGCUGCGGCCCUGUCUUGUCCGGAUCAACAGAAUCGAGUCUCGGUCGAGUCUUUCGCGAUGGUGUCAUGCAUCAGAUGAAACUGGAUGGAGGUGUUGCUUACGAACAUGUGGAUGGAGUAAGCAUGGAUGGACAUCCAGCAUCGUCUACCAGCGCAUAUGGCUCGAAUGAACCGAUUCCUGAGAUAGAGGCCCGGGAUAUCAAUGAGAUCUCCAGACAACCCGAGCAUGAUUAUGCUGUCUAUGACAAUACCGAUGCGAACAAGCAGUCAGAAAUAAAAUCACCAGGAUCUUCCAUCUCGGACAAUGAUAAGUAUCCGUCACGACAUUCGUCUGGAACUUCGAAUUCAACCUCUGGCACCUCCAUAAGUGGCAUCAAUGCAGAUCAUGGGGACGAUAACAUGAUCAUCUCUCCCUUUCGGGGAGAGUGCAAGGAUUGCGGGGACACCAUACAUCCGUCCACAGGUUCAGACGUGCCUCCAAAUGAGGUAGCAUUUCCAUAUGCUCACGUCGAAGACACCCGUCAUAUAGGCUCAGGACUAGGAAGGAAGAUUGAACUUGGUGUCAUCACGGAGGAGGAUGGGGAGUUGCCCUUUAAUUCCGACAAUCUUGGCGCCACACCCUUCCCUAUGGUGCACAGGGCGACCGACGCGGAUAGUCAGACUGGCGAGCAUUCGUUGCCUUUGGGGGCGGAAGCGGCGCAGCAAGAUGGGACAGAUCCAUCAAGUCAAGCCACACCGGCCAGUGCGGAUCAAUUCUCACCGCGGAACCCUGUUGCUCCUGGCAUUGGCGACGACCAGCAUAUUUACGAACUCGAAGCAAGCAGUCUCACCCGAGAUAACAGUGAUCUAAGUAGUCGGUCGAGAGACGGUACUGUCGAUGCAAGUGUCACUGACAGCGCAAGCUCAGAAAGCUCGGGGACUGGGAGGAGAGGUUUCCUGGGUGAGAUUCAUCGAGGGAUUUCGACGGCGGUACAAGUGCAAGCCGUCGAGGCAAGGGUCAAAAAGUCCGUCACCUUCAGUCCGGUUGAGGAUGUGAGGUUCCUAACGCCUUCGCCCAGCCGGCCGGGCGGGAGUGGGAGUGUCAGGCAUGAGGCCAACAAAAUCCCACGCAACAGAGCGCGCUGA